AUGUCUGAUGAGAUUCAAACCUCAGGACCGAAACUGUUUGGUUUCCCACUAACAGAGCAAGAAGAAUUUGCAGAUACAAAAUACGAUGUUGGAGAGGACAGAAAAUUCAGAUGCCACUAUUGCAGGCGAGUAUUCGCUAACUCCCAGGCCUUAGGGGGCCACCAAAACGCUCACAAGAAAGAGCGUCAAAGAGCAAGGCGUUUCCAAAUCCACACUCAUAGACGAUCCACACCUCUCCUCACACUACCCUCCAUUUACUUACAACAACAACAACAACAACAACAACCCCCUUCACCCCCCACCACUCAUCUUCCUAUCACUCUCCACCACUUUCCAUCACGCCCCAUUUUCCUUCCUUCCUCCUCCUAUCGUUCUACCACUCCUUGCUUUCCUUUUCAGCUUUAUGCCUCCCCCACUGCACUCCAGUCUCCUCCUAUUGUCCCUCAUUUUUCUCCAGACUCGCAUGUUGGUGUUAAUGUUGAUGUACAUCUCAAAUUAUCCCUGUCAGAUUGA